GAACUCAGGCUUGCCAGCCCCGUCCCUGGGCUUCUGGGCCUCAGCUGCUCUGGCAUGGAGAGUGUGGUACAGCCUUCAGUGUUUGUAGUGGAUGGACAGACAGACAUCCCGUUCAGACGGCUGGGACAGAACCACAGGAGACAGCGCUGCGGCAUUGCCCAAGUCAGCCUUGCCCUGAUACUGCUGCUGGGCGCUGGGCUGGCUACUCAGGGCUGGUUCCUACUGAAACUGCAUCAGCGUCUUGGGGACAUAGUGGCUCGUCUGCCGGAUGGAGACCCAGGCUCCUGGGAGAAACUAAUACAAGAGCGGCGGCGGUCUCAGGCCAACCCAGCAGCACAUCUCACAGGGGCCAAUGCCAGCUUGAUAGGCAGGGGCGGACCUCUGCUGUGGGAGACUCGACUCGGCCUGGCCUUCCUGAGGGGCCUGGAAUACCACAACGGGGCCCUGGUGACCACAGAAGCCGGCUACUACUACGUAUACUCCAAAGUGCAGAUGAGCGGCGUGGGCUGCCCCCAGGGCCUGGCCAACGGCCUCCCCAUCACCCACGGGCUGUAUAAGCGCACAUCCCGCUACCCCAAGGAGCUAGAACUGCUGGUCAGCCGGCGGUCACCCUGCGGCCGAGCCAACAGCUCCCGAGUCUGGUGGGACAGUAGCUUCCUGGGCGGCGUGGUACAUCUGGAGGCCGGGGAGGAGGUUGUGGUCCGUGUGCCUGGAGACCGCCUGGUCAGACCCCGAGACGGCACGAGGUCCUAUUUCGGAGCAUUCAUGGUCUGAAGGCUGCAGUGACAAUGGAUUGCAAGGAGGAACCUCUCCAGGACAGACCUCAAGCCCAGCAAGCAGGGAUCUUGGAGUUCCCCUUAAGGAUCCCCAAAUUCUACAGGUGGAGUGCUCAGUGACCAUGCAGACUACUGACCUGCCUUGGGAAAUCUUCAAAUUGAAGACUUAGGGUGCGGAGCCCAGGAGUGCGGGGUCAGCCCAUUUGCCUGAUAUUCAGGAAGAAAGAAUAAAGCUUGGGUAUUUAUGGGUCUGAUGCAGACAUCGUGGACUUGGGAUUUCUGGGCUUAUGGGUUGGAGACAAGAAACCUCUCUGAGGUGUUGGGGGGAGUUAUAUCCCCAGGACCCUGUGGGGAGCCUACCGGGCUCCACACUCUGGCCUCUCCCAUCGAUCUGCUGCACUGGCUUCCAGCCACCAAGACGGCAUUGGCCAGCUGACUAUGACUGGCCUCAGGCCAGCUCCUGAACACACAAAUCCUUCAGAGAGACUCUGAUGGGACCUCCGUGCUCAGCCCAGGGCACAGCUGCGACACAGUCCAGAAAUGAUGAGGGAAAGGGAGAGAAGGAGGGAAUGCCGAAGAGAAGGAAAGAAAAAAG